AGCAAUCACUGCAAAGUGACUAUUUUAAAUGCAAUGAAGAAGCAAAGAUAUUUCUUAAGGACACUGCUGUAGCUGUUAAGAAAUUGGUAUUGUGUUAUCUAUAAGAACUAUUUCUUCAAUCUUCCACACAUUGCUUCAUCUUUCAUUUAGGACCAGUUCUGUUCAAAGUAUUAAGUAGAUGACUAAGGAAUACAGUUACCCUUAACUUGAAAAUAUUUUUCUCUCUGUUUUGUAAGUAUUUGCACAAUUUUUGGUCAACUGUGGAUUGUUGCUUAAUUUUCCAACUAGAAAACUAAAGCUUGCCCUCAUCCACAGCACAAACCCAUUGCUUAAAAUAAACAAAAUCUCUGGAAUAAAUUUUAAGCAUGGUGCCAAGUAAUUCAGUUCUCUAUAAACAAUUCCUUGAAUACCUGGUCAAAGAUUAUUUGACAUCUGUUCCACUGAAGUAGACUGUACUGCUAGUGAAAACAAAGUGAAACUCUUUCAGUUACACUUAUCUGGUCUCUAUCAAAGACAUGUUGAAGAAAUAUUUAAAGAAUUUUCUUCUGAGGUGUCAUAGACAUCUCUUUUCGGCCAUGGAUGAUAUUGAUAAUGCUUCCUUGGCACUGUCAGAAUGGUGAAGCUCUUCAUUCUAUUUAAAAAUAUCGAAUAAGAAUCUACUACAUAUCAAAUAGCUAAAAAUGUAGAAAUAUGCCCGUAAAUGAGUUUGAAUCCAGACUGCUGAUAAAACUCUUAUAACUUUACAUUUUAUAUAAUUAUAAGUUCAUGUAUAUUACUAUGCAAUCAUACUUUACAAUCCUACUUAAUUGGAUAGAUACAUGUAAACACUUAGGGGACGUGUGUGUUGUGCAGCACUGUGGUACUGUGGAAACAUUUUUCCCUGCAGGUUCCUUCUUUCAGUUAUGUCUUUCUCUAGAAUCUUAAGGGGCCAAAAUAUUUAUUGUGGCUAAAGUAUCUAAUAUGUAUUCAUUUAAUAUCUGAGCUGUGAAAUCUCUUAAAAAACAGAGAUCAGGCUGGGCAUGGUGGCUUAACGCCUGUAAUCCCAGCAGUCUGGGAGGUGGAGACGGGUGGAUUACUUGAGGUCAGGGGUUGGAGACCAGCCUGGCCAACAUGGUGAAACCCUAUUUCUACUAAAAAUACAAAAAUUAGCCUGGCAUGGUGGCAGGAUCCUGUAAUCCUAGCAACUUGGGAGGUUGAGGCAGGAGAAUUGCUUAAACCCAGGAGGCAGAGGUUGCAGUGAGCUGAGAUUGCCCAACUGCACUCCAGCCUGGGUGACAGAGUGAGAGUCUAUCUCAAAAAAAAAGAAAAACCCAGAAAUCAAUUCUUUUACUUUUAAAGUAAUAAAUUUUUUCUAUUAUAAAAUUAAUGCAUAUUGACUUUGGAAAAUUUGGAAAAAAACAGAUAAGCAAAAGGACCACAUUAAAAUAAUCACAAUGCUGAUGAAUAUACUUUCUACUUUCAGGGUAUAUAGGUGAUAACUGCAUUGAAUUUCAUUUUUUACAGAAAAGUGAUCAUGCCAUAUAUGUAAUUAUAUAGUCUUGCUUUUUAUAAUUCAUAAAAUAUAAUGGCAGUUUCUCAGGUUAUAAAAUAGCUAUAGCCAUUAUGACCAUUUAUUUAAAAGAUGAUUUAUCUAUUUUUUCCCACUAACUGGUUUCUGAGUGGUAUUUCCUUUCUUAAAGUAGUCUCACCUGAAAGUAGUAAUAACAGCUUUACCUAUUUGUUUGGGUUUGUAUGUGUGUAUGAGAAAACCAUUGUUCUCUUUAUACCUAAGCAUAUUUUAUAGGUGAUUUCCAUAUUUUAAUAAGUAGCUUUUUUCUCAAUAUUACCAUUUUUGUUAGUCUUUUAAAUGUAUUGAAACUGCAUAUAAGAAACAGAUACUCAUAAGGAAAUAUUUAAUAUAAUUAUAUUUUGACCCCUGAAAACAUUUAUAGGGCAUUGUUUAGGAAAUCAGUCUUACUAUUUUAGUGUCGUAACUUUUUAAAAAUGUAAUUUAAAUUUUCAGGAAGAAAUGAGAAAAGCCACAAUCGAUCUUUUGGAGAUUGAAAGCAUGGAACUCAACAAACUAUACUGUCUAUUGGAAACUCUUCCCAAUAGCAUUAAGAGGGAAUUGGAAGGACCAUCUAUCAGUGUGAGAGAGGGAGAAAUAUUUAUGCACUGGAUCCUGUCUGUCAUUGGUCUGAUGCUUGCCCUACCUCUUAUAUUUCUGGGUUAUACAUGCAUGGGUGUGGGUGCAUAAAGAAGCCUCAUGGUAGAAAUUAUAGAAGUCCUAAGCAGGAGGUGAGCAGUGUGUGGAAUCACAGGCACUAUCAGACUGCACCUGUCUGAAGAUGAUCCAAGACCACAGAAAGCUGAUCACCAUAGCACCAGCAGAAAUAAGAGAAAUAAUUAGUAGGUAAGAUUGAGAGGGACCAAGGGAGUAAUAGGUGCCUGAUAAAAAAUAUUAUUAAAAGAAUAUUUCAAAGAAAGACUUUUUUUUCAGGAUUUGAAAACUCAGUAUCUAUAAUUGUGCUCUUCCUCAAAUAAUGUAGUAACAUUUCCACUUACUUUGAAGAAUGUGUCAGAGACGCUCGCAGAUUAAAUCUUUUUGAGAUAAAUACAAUAAAAAUGAGAAUUACAAGGACAGAGAAAGAAAUAGAGCUUCUGAAGAAGAAAAUAACUGACCUGACAAAAUAUAAUGAAGCUUUGGGGGAGAAACAGGAAGAGCUAGCAAGGAAGCAUGCGAGGUUUAUCCUGUCACUCAACCAAACUAUGGAGAAAAAAGCCACCACCACUGUUUACAUAAAUGAGACUUAUACUGAAAUAAACUUGAAGAGAGAAGACCUAGCAUUGCAAAAAAAAAUUAUUAAAGAGGCAGAAGAGCAAAUGGAAAAAGAAAGGGCAGAAUAUCUAAUAAGAAAACAAGAGUUGGCUGCACAGAUUAAUGAAUUUAAAAAUAUCUGUGAAAUAAAGAAAAUGGAGACUUAUGAAAAGAAGAAAGAAUUGGAUAAAUUACAAACUAAAGUAUCAAAAAUAAAAGAAACAGUUACUACUUCUGCAGUGGUUCUUAGUGAUCACAAUUUAGAGAUAGCACAACUACAUGAAUCGAUAAGGUAUUGGGAACAGCAGGUCAGUGAGCUAAGGAAAGCCCUUGUGAUUCUGGAGGCUAAACUGGGUUUUUUCACAGAGAGCAAGGAAAAACUGGAUGGUACAUCUAAUUAUGAAAAAACUGAAUUCCUGAGCAAGAUAAAAGAGCUGGCUGAAAUACUACAUGCUGCUCGUGUGAAUUACAAAGACCUACAAGAGAAAAUGAAAACUCUUACCAGACAAUAUAAGAUUGUUUUAAAUGAAGAAGAAAAAGCUUUUUUGCAGAAACGAAAGGUCCAUGACGAAAAUCAGAAACAACUGACAUUUAUUGCUCAGAAAGAAUACUUUCUAUCACAAAGGAGAGUAGACAUAAAAAAUAUGGAAGAAGGACUCAUCACACUCCAGGAACUUCAUCGAGCAACAAAAACAGUAUAUCAGCAACAAAUCAGAAUCCUGAGUGCUGACCUGGAAAGAGAAAGUCAGAGAUGUGUUAUAACACAGUGGCAAAUAGCUUGCUUGAGAAAACAGCAGGCACGUUGGACAGCCAAGACAAACGCUGAAAUAGAAGCUAUUAUGGAAAAAAUUCAGAACGCAGAAGCUAGACGAAUUGAAUUACUUACCGAGACCAGUUUGAGAGAAAAGGAAAUCAAUGAAUUUGUGGCACAGAUUGACAAACUUACAAUAGAAUUAAAAGAAGAUGAGAAAGAGUUUAUUAACAAAGAAAAAAUGUUAAUGAAAGAGAUAAGCAAGUAUGAGGAAAUAUUUGUUAAGAAAAUACAAAUUACCAAAGAAAAAGAAGAGGAAUUAGUUGAAUGUCUUCCACAACUUCAGGUGGCAGAAGAAGAGUAUAGAGAGAAAAAAAGAAAGCUAGAAGAGCUCAGUAAUAUUGUUACAGCACAAAGACAGGAGGAGGAUUUACUGAACAAUCACAUUUUUCUGUUUACAAGGGACUUUUCAAGAUACGUUACCAACAUGGAGGACCUAAAAGAACAAUUAAAACAAUUACGAGAUCAAGAAAGCAAAAAAAUCAAAGAUCAUUUUGAAAUUCUAAAGAACUUAGAAAGUGGAAUCUACAUAAAUGAUGAAAAAGCAGACCUUCUGUUCCUGGAAAAUAAAAAAUUAAAAGAAUACAUUUUAUACAUGAAGAAUAACAUAGAGAAAUAUAGAGAAGGACAAGAAGCUCUCAUCAUGCACACCUCAAGUGACUUGUCUCAGCAACUGAUAGCUCAGGAGGUACAAUAUGAGAAUUUGUGGGCUGAAUUUCAGGCCACAGUUAAGAUCUUGGUGGACAAUGGUGAAGAGACCUUGCAAGACAUAAAAAUUCUAACAGACAAACUGUGUGAAAGAGAUGAAAAUAUGGAGCAUAUCAGUACAUGGCUACAAGGAAGUCUUGAAGAGCUGCAUUCUCUUGUGAAGCAGGAAUCACCAGUGAACCUUCUUAAAAAGAAGAAACACAGUGGUACCAAAAGAGUUCAUUUCCCAGUGGUUAAAUGUACUGAGAAAAAUAUAUUAACAAAGAAUAACUAACAAAAUAAUGAAAGGAUACAACUGCUGUGAAUUCAGAAGACAAACACAACUACAGAAAAAGUGAGUGAACUUAUUUUCACAUUUUGCAGCUAUUAAUAGAAGUCUUAAAUGUUUAAAAUUUAAUUCAUACAAUUGCCACCAAGUAGCAGAACCAGUAAAUAAACUUCUAAACAAUAAAAAUGGAUAAACAUGGUCA